UAUGUUCAUUAUUUUGAUUGGACAGAGGGAGAGUAAGAAAUUUACGCAUAAACUUCACAUCUUCAUCCGCCGAUAAUCGCCUCCGCCCACCGUCGUUCACCCCAUUCGUUCAGGAUCCAGCGGCGCCACCGCCGUCCAUCUAAAUAACAUCGGUCGUUUAUAAAUCACGGUCAUGUGGCGAUUUACGUUUGUACUGUGGCAGGUGGUCUCUUGGCAUACCAAAGGAGGACUUGGCUGGUAUACGCUCUGCUAGAGAAUAUGUUUUGGGGUAUAAUGGGCAUCCAUACUUAAGAAAUCUUGCUCCAGAUCUGAAAAGCAGUGACACUACAGUUAUUCUUGGUCAGGUAGUUGGCCAUGUUGCUUGGUAAAUGUCUUGAAGCUCCCAACAGUUAUGAUGAAUUGAUGAUUGGUGUAAUGGCCUAACUGGUCAGUGCACAGCCAGUAAAAACUGCAAGAUAAUCUUGAGAGGAGUGUUGUUCAAGUUUUGUGUCAGUAUAUGCUGAAUACAGUGAUAUCUCUGAUUAUGAAGAGAGACAAUGAUCGCGAUAUUAAAAAAGAUUGGUCCUGGUCUGUGAUUGAGAAACAUGUUGUUUUAACUGAAGUUAGGGGUUUUGGUGAUCCACAUAUUGAUAAAGCUAGAUGUUUGUUGAUCAUCAAAAAGCUUCUGUAUCUUCUCAAUCAGGGUGAAAUAUUCACAAAGAGUGAAGCUGCAGCUAUACUUUCAUCUGCUGUUAAUCUGUAUCGUUUCCAAGAUGUUCAUUUGAGAAGAUUGUUUCAUCUAAUUGCAAGGGAUCUUUGCCCUAUUGCAGAUGAGGUUUCUCUGGUUACUGGUGCCUUACUUAAAGACGUCAACACCGGUAAUGUUGCAUAUCGGGGGAAUGCUAUUCGUUUGCUUUAUCAUAUCACGAAUGACACAUCCUUGAACAAAGUUGUGAAACUCCUCCAUGAGGCUCUUUGUGACGAAAAUCCUACUCUUCAGAUUGCUUCCCUUGUGUGUUCAAUCAAUAUGCUAAAGAGAGAUCCAAGGAUGGUCAUCACAAUCGAUCAAGUAUACCCUGAAGACACUGUUUUCACUAAAGGAAAACACGUUCAGUUCCAUGCCAUAUAUCUAGAAUUUGUGAUGGGAGAAUUACGUCAUACGCGAGAAGUACGUCGUCAACGAUUCUACUUAAUAUGGGAAAAAUUCGCUAGGCUCUUCUCUUGGUGUUCUUCGCCAUUGGGGACUUACAUCCUGAUUCGCCGUAUUCGUCAGGUUGCACGAGUUCGGCCUAUCUAUUGGAGUCAAGAUACCUAUGAAUGCAUACAGUCUUGUAUCAAUGCUAAAGAUAAAACGGUGGCAAUAGAAGGAUUCCGGACACUGGAAGGGGUGGUAGGCAUAGCUAGUUGUAUAAUUGAAGACAACAUAGAUGUUAUGCGCCCAAAUCUUCGUUCUCACCAGCCUGUGGUGAGGUUUAGUGCUCACAGGGCAUUGCAUAAGGUGGGGAUUGUGCACAAUCUUGGUUUGGAUUUGAAUUUAUUUAAUUUACGUGUGGAGAAAUUUAACCAUCGUGAGGAUGUGCCUGACCCUGAUCAGGUAUCUCAAGUCAUUAAAUCUCAGUCCUUUGUAGUCAAGGAAGCUUCAACUCAUCACUGCAACCUUAGGAGAGUAGGGCACAAUGUAUAAUUAAUUAAUUAAUUAUGGUUUUGAGUGUUUUUAUAAAAUAAUAGUAGUAAUUAAUUUACUUAAAUGUUUUACAAAAUAAACAGUUGCAUCAACAGUAUCCAAUCAAAUUCAUAUAUGACUCAAUUAUUUUUGCUGAAA